AUGAUACUCGCUAGACAUGCUAUUAGUCUGCAACGCCGCAGAUCAUACAAAUCCUCCAUCAAGGAUCUCAACAGCCUACAGAGCAAUGCUCAGACCAUCCAGGCACUGCGUGCAUCAGGCAAGAUGAAUGUCGAUGCCAUUCCAGAAAUGCGCAGCUGGCUUGCCAAGGCAGGCAUUCAGCAAGCAGACCUCGAUGAACUCAAUGUCAUCCAUGUUGCUGGUACAAAAGGCAAAGGAUCCACGUGUGCCAUGACGGCGAGUAUCUUGUCAAAAUACAGACUUGCUUACGGCCGAUCACCGCGUAUUGGACUCUACACAAGCCCUCAUCUCGUCUCUGUGCGAGAACGCAUACAAAUUGACGGCGAACCACUCCCAGAGGAGGAAUGGACAGACUACUUUUAUCAAGUCUGGGACGCACUAGCUAAACAUGGCGACGCGAGACCCGUCUACUUUCGUUUCUUGACUCUGCUUGCCUUUCGCUGUUUCAUUGAAGAAGGCGUCGAUGUGGUUGUACUGGAAUGCGGCGUCGGCGGAGAACACGACUCUACCAAUGUCAUUACGAAGCCAGUCGUUGCUGGGAUUACGAGUCUCGAUAUCGAUCAUGUCCAUGUCCUCGGCCAUUCAUUACCGGAGAUUGCCUGGCACAAAGCAGGUAUCUUCAAAGAAGGCGCACCUGCCAUGACCGUCGAGCAGCCCACUGAGGCAAUGGAGGUGCUUGAGAAGCGUGCAGCCGAGCGACAAGUGACUAGUUUCAAUGUUGUUCCGAUACACCCGGCACUCGAUACUGUUUCGCUCGGCGUCGGUGGCAAUGUCCAACGCAUCAAUGCGUCCUUGGCAAUUGCACUCGCAAAUGCAUACCUCACAACACAAGGCGUGGACGAAAACCUUGGCAGGACUUUGCCGAAAGAAUUCAUUGACGGUCUCGAACAGGUACGCUGGCCGGGACGGUGCGAGCGCAAAGUAGUGGAUUCAGUGGAGUAUUGUCUUGAUGGCGGCCACACGACAGCAUCAUUGCAAGUGGCUGGCUCUUGGUUUGCAUCAUUGCCACAAGCAGAUGGUAGUCUAGCGCUCAUCUUCAAUCAACAGUCGCGCGAAGCGGAUUUGUUGCUCAAAGACCUGCAUGCAAGUCUGGCAGGAUUGUCCUUUGCAAGCGUCGUCUUUUGCACAAACAAGACAUUUGCGCAGGCAGGAUAUGCAGAUGAGUUGACGAGUCUCAACAACGCUACGGACUCGGUGGAGGCACUUGAGGUUCAGCACAACCUUGCCAAGACGUGGGAGAGGUUGACUGGGCAAAAGGCAGAGGUGUUGCCGUCCAUUGAGGAGGCUCUUGCACAUGUCAAGAAGCAGGGAAGCAAGCGUGUGCUUGUGACUGGCAGUCUGCAUCUUGUUGGCGGUGCUCUGGCUGUUCUUGGCCGCGGUCCUGAGUAG